AUGGGGGCUCCUGCGGGCCUGCAAACCGACUGCGAAGCGCUGCUCGGCCGCUUCCAGGAGACUGACAGCGUGCGCUUCGAGGACUUCACCGAGCUCUGGAGGAGCAUGAAGUUCGGCACCAUUUUCUGUGGCAGAAUGAGAAAUUUGGAAAAGAACACAUUUACAAAAGAAGCUUUAGCUUUGGGAUGGCGGUUUUUUUUGCCUCCUUACACCUUCCAAAUCCGGGUUGGUGCCCUGUAUCUUCUGUAUGGAUUAUACAACACCCAACUGUGCCAACCAAAACAGAAGAUUAGAGUGGCCCUGAAGGAUUGGGAUGAAGUUUUGAAAUUUCAGCAAGAUUUGAUAAAUGCACAGCAUUUUGAUGCCGCUUACAUUUUUCGGAAGCUACGAUUAGACAAAGCAUUUUACUUUACUGCAAUGCCCAAAUUGCUGUCAUAUAGAAUGAAGAAAAAAAUUCAGCGAGCUGAAGUUACAGAAGAAUUUAAGGAUCCAGAUGAUCGUGUAAUGAAACUUAUCACUUCUGACGUACUAGAGGAAAUGCUGAAUGUGCAUGAUCAUUAUCAGAACAUGAAAAACAUCAUUUCAGCUGAUAAAUCCAAUCCUGACAAAGCCCUCAGCUUGAUCAAAGAUGAUUUUUUUGACAACAUUAAGAACAUAGUUCUGGAGCAUCAACAGUGGCACAGAGACAGAAAGAAUCCAUCCUUAAAAUCCAAAAUUCAAGAUGGAGAAGAAAAGAGAGAGAGAGACCACGGUUCACAAGAAUCAGAGAGAUAUGACAGGGCAGCCUCAUUAGCAAAAAUAAAGUCAAAGGCCUUUGCAGUUGUUGCUCAGGCAUCCAAGUCCAGACGGCAUCGUCAAGUCAGACUUGAUUCUUCUGACUCGGAUUCUGCAGCUGGUCCGGGACCGCUCACAGCCACUAAGGGAAAGAGGAGCAAAGAAGCACCGAAAUCGGCAGGAAAGAAGAUGUCCUCCAGAAACAAAGGUGACAUGAAGCGUGCCACCAAAGGAGACAGAUCGUUAGGGCUGAGCAUGCCAAUAAUCACAGAAGAAGAGGACGAGGAGGACGAAACUCGUAGAGCAGCAUUCACUGCACCUAAGAGGAAAGGAAAACACUGAACCAAGGACCUGGUAUAGAGUUUAACAUUUUUAGAUUUCUGACAAAAAACAAGAUGUAUAUUUGGUGUGUUUUAACAGGAAGAAUGCCAGUAUUAAAAAUAACUCUUCUAGGAAAUUGUAGGUUAUUUCUUUGAAAUAGCAAUAUCUUGACAGUUUUUGGAAAAAAGUGCAAAGAAUUAUAAUGAGAAUUUACUUUGAAAUUUACUUUUACCAUUUUCUUUUAUAAAAUCUUCAUACAUGGAGAUACAAAUCAGAGUUAGAAUGUAAUUGAAAAAGUAAUGCCAAUUGCGGAUUUAAUAUUUCCCAUGUCUUUUGUGAUAUUGUACUUAGUACCAUUUUUGUAUGAUUUUAUGUCAUUUUAUUUAAAAUAUUUUUACUUGAAAUGUUAAUUGUUAUUACAUGCAAGUAACUACUAUAUAUACACGAGUAUAAACCAACCCAAAUAUCAGCCGAGGCACCUAAUUUUACCACAAAAAACUGCAUUAAAAAUGUGCUGAAAAACUGGGCUGAUACUUGAGUAUAGAUGGUAGUUAUUUUGUAUCUAUACUUUGGUCAUGGAUUUACUCAUGCUGUGUGUUUACUAUUUUUGUUGUUGUAUCAUCAAGUGCAAUAAAGAGUUUUUUCAUA